CCUUUCAUUAGCCUACAAACAAAAAUGGUGAAAAAUAGCAUUCUGGAGCUGGUUAUCACAGUUGUCUUUUGCUUUCUUUUCGUUGAGGGCAAUGGGUUUGUGGCUUCUGGGUGGUCAAAUGCUCAUGCUACUUUUUAUGGAGGCAGUGAUGCUUCUGGAACAAUGGGGGGAGCUUGUGGGUAUGGAAACUUGUACGCCACUGGUUAUGGGCUAAGGACUGCGGCUUUAAGCACAGCAUUGUUCAACAAUGGAUUAGCUUGUGGACAAUGCUACCAGAUUAAAUGUGACUAUAAAUCAGACAUGGAGUGGUGUAUAAAAGGAACUUCGGUCACAAUUACCGCGACAAACUUCUGUCCACCAAACUAUGCUCAAGCAAACAACGAUGGAGGGUGGUGUAACCCACCCCGCCAACAUUUUGACAUGGCCCAACCUUCCUGGGAAAAGAUAGGCAUUUAUAGGGGCGGGAUUGUGCCCGUGUUCUUCCGAAGGGUACCCUGCAAAAAACAUGGUGGGGUUAGAUUCACCAUUUCCGGUAACAACUACUUUCAGCUUGUGCUGAUAACCAAUGUGGCUGGGCCCGGAUCUAUCCAAUCUGUGUCGAUCAAAGGCUCAAACACUGAUUGGAUACGAAUGUCAAGGAACUGGGGCGUGAAUUGGCAGUCAAAUAACUAUCUCACCGGCCAGCAUCUGUCGUUCAGCGUCACCACUACUGAUGGAGUGACAAAACUAUUUCAAAACAUUGCCCCAUCUAAUUGGGGCUUUGGGCAGACCUUCAGCAGUCUAGUUCAGUUUUCCUAA